CACACUGCUGAAUCAGCACAACACCCAGCUAGUAGUACAGUACAAAAGUCUCCCUUGUAUACACCGCCGUCUACGUCUAGAGCCCUUACAGUGGACACAGCUAGCUAGCUAUAACAUGGCCAACAACAUAGCAAGUGAUCUUCAGAAGGACGAGUAUAAAGUCAUCAUUAUCGGAGCUCUAGGCGUUGGCAAAACUAGUCUACUACUCAGAUAUGUCCACAAUACAUUUGAAGACCGCAUUUCAAAGUUUAUUAGUGAAGAGAAGAAGUCAGUGGUGGUGAACGGACGGGAGAUUGUACUACACCUUUGGGACACUGCAGGUCAGGAGCGUUUCCAGUCCAUCACCAAUCGCUUCUACUCUGACUCCCAUGCUGUUGUGAUCGUGUAUGAUAUGACGUCUGAAGAUGCUCCACAAGACCUGGACUUCUGGGUACGUGAGAUCCAAUACUACCUGCCACUAGAGCUGGAGGCUGGCAUGCCCGUCCUGUUCGUAGCCAAUAAGAAAGAUCUCAUCAAGAAGGAAGACAUUGAAGAAAGGAGACAACAUUUCCGACAAGCACAGGAGGUGUCUCACUCCAAUGGCUUCCUACCGCCUGUGCAGUGCAGUGCUAAGACAGGGGAAAAUGUGGACAAAGUAUUUCAAGUUGUAGCAGAACAUCUCGUGAGGAAUCGCAGUGGCAGCCAUCCAUUGAUUAGACAGACGGACCAAAAACGUUGCACUGCUUGCAGUAGCUAGUGUGUGUGUGUGUGUGUAGCCAGUGUGUGUUACCACUAAGGAAGUGGUAUAUCUUGUGUGUGUGUUAUGGGGUUGCUUUUAUUUUCCUUUUAUGGAGUCCCCUCCCUCAAAUCACAAAUCAACUUUCUUUGUUGUAA